AAAUUCGUAUUGUGUGGCCGCGUCUUCGUACCAUUCCAUGCUAAGGAAGGGAGCGUGUACCUUUUUGAAACGAGCCAGAACAUUGAUCGGCAGACGAACCUUAGCGAGGGCGACAGUCACAGACUGACACUCUACCAGUUUGUGAAGUGGCAUAAUCCUCUGGGGUUGAAUUCGAUGCAGCCUAUCAGCAAGUGGUCUACAAGAUGGGCGCUCGGCCUAUCAACCUCGAUACCAACAAUUGAAUUUUCUGCAGAAAACAUAUUUUUCAUUGAUGACCAAUAUGCUAUGGACUGGGACGAGGGAAAGCCGCCGGCGGAAAAAAUCAUGACUGAUGGGUGUGGUUAUAUCAGUGGUGCGGCCUUGACGGCCAUCAUGCGCGUGAUGAAGUAUUCAAGUAGACCGACCGCCGUACAAGGACGCAUUGCCGGUGCCAAGGGAAUGUGGGUUCUGCACCCAGAUCCUGCGCAUCAAACCCACGAUGGACCACUGAACAUUUGGAUACGUGACUCACAGAAUAAGAUCAAGCUUGGCUCGCUACACAAGGUCGGUAGGGCGCAUAGGAUUUUCGACCUCCUUUCGCCAUCUCGGGUAACCGGGCCAAGCCGUCUGUCGAGUCAGACACUCGUCAACUUGGCGCAUGGUCAUGUUCCCUUUUCUGUUCUGAAGGAUCUCAUGGCAGAAGGGCUUCACGAGGAAGUCCGUCAACUGACGGAAUGGAGUGGACCGGACAGCAUGCUUAUGGUCUGGCGAGCUGUAGAACAAGCUGGCCGUGUCGUAACAUCGAGACUGCGGCGGCGCAUUGCUGGUCAGGCACGAGCACUUGGUCUUGGCCAACUCCGACCCCACGAGGAGCUCGCUGGCGGAAUUGAUGGUUCUGACGAUGUUGCAGUGAACCCAUCACUGCAUGACUCGGCUAAUCAGGGCCGCAAUCCUCGCAGCGGUGAACCACUGACUCUACACGAGUCUGUCCUUGAACUACUGCAGGCCGGUUUUCAUCCUCUUAAGCUUGACCAACUUUUUUACAAACUUGAGUACGUGGUGACCCAAGUCCUCGACGACUACAUCAAGAAAUUCCACAUUCCAGUCGAGGAGUCCCUGGAAGCAUAUAUCAUACCGGAUCCAUAUGGGGUCCUCGAGGAGGGGCAAAUCCAUUUUCGCUCUUCAGAACUAAUCGCUGACCCCGAAAGCGGAGCCCGGAUGAAUACUGUGACUGGGCCUGUUUUGGUGUGGAGGAAUCCCACAAGACUCCCCUCCGAUGUCCAGAAGGUCACUGCUGUCAGCCACCCAAAAUUGGGUGAAUACUUCGAUGUCAUCGUGUUCCCUGUGAAGGGAGAGCGCUCAUUGGCAAGCUAUUUGGGUGGAGGAGAUUAUGAUGGAGACACGGUCACGUUGGUCUGGUCCAAACGGCUUGUCGAAAACUUCAAUACCGCUCCACUGUGUAUGGCGCCUGCAGGUUUGAGUGGCAACUUUGAGCGAGAAGUUGAACAGGUUGAAGAAUUUAUCGAACGAACAUUCAAACUCUCUCCAAAGGAGGCUCAAACCGCGUUCCAGAAGGUCCUCCUUCUUGGACUCGCAGACACAAAAAUCGGAUUAUAUUCGAAGUUUCAUGACCUCGCCGUGUAUGAGCGCGGCUAUGCAAGUGCUGCCGCCAUUCGACUGGCAUACAUGUUCACUACCUGCCUCGAUGCGAGCAAGACGGGGCUUCAGGUUAAACGCCGUGUCUUCGAAGAAGAUCGCAAAAAUAACGGAAAACGUAAACCGUACUACAUGGCCGCACUCGAACAGAACACCGAGGGCCAAGAGGUUUCGAAACGCAAGGGCUCGACACCCUAUCUUCUCGACGCCCUUGUUGACGAGGGCUGUCGUCUCCGCGACGACUUCCUCACACGUUAUUCCGUCCUCCGGAAUCCUUCCACCAGUGCUGCAGACCACGACCUUACCUUACCUUACCUUCGUGCGUCUUGUAGGGCAGCAGAAGCUUUGCAAGCCGGUUUUCACGGCCUGCAAGACAACUUGAGCGUUGUCCGAGCCCAUGUCAAGGAAGCACAUGGGAAGUGGCAGGCCGCCGUUUCUCUCCAGAAGAAGGCUUCAGAAGGGAGGGGGUCUUCGGAUCCCAAGACACAAGCGAUCCAAAAGUCAGUACAACGCUUUGCACAGUGGCCAGACUCGAAGAAGACAUUAUUUUUUUCUGACGAGGACCGCAAAACUAUCAUGGCAUCCUAUGCAUACACUCUUAGUGGUUCGUUCGGCUUCUCCGCUGCCUUCGCAGAGCUCUGCGCCAUCAAAGCACGAGCUCAAGGUGCUGUGCUUUUUGCAGAUAGAUUCGCGGAAGUGAUGUGCAUACCUAACAAUACCCUACGUGCCCUUUCACAAGCACAGGAUGACGUGGAUGAGUGAAAUUUUGCAUCUCUGUCUGUCAUACAUACUUCACCGUAUAGCACACCCUUACCUCGAACAUAUUUUGAUCAUACUAUCUCGAUUUGUUAGCCACUAUCUCUGCACUACGUAACGACAAUCGACAGGCCCGAAUUCUCCCAGAGCGAUUCUUUUCAUCGAUGAAGAAUGUGGUAGUCUCUGGACUACUACUAGUGC